AUUUAUUGAUGACGAAGUAUCUUUGUUCGCAAAUUAAUAACACAUAAGGAUUGCAAUUAGAUUAUUAUUUGAAUUCAAUGACAUCAUAAACACUAUUGUUAACUUUGGGAGUCUUGAUGGUUUUAGGAGCCACAGCCUAUAUGAAUUAUGAGGAUAAUGUUAGCUCAAUAGAUCAUGGAUUCACUGCAGAUUUUGCAUCCUUUAUAAAAUCUUUUGAUUCAAAAUAUGACUUUAUUAGAUCUGAUAUCACUUGGUCAACAUAUGGGUAAUCAAAUAUUUCUAUUAUUACUUUUAGAGGUGCUGAAACUAGACCAACUACUGCUCCAUCCAAAUAUCCUAUUGUUUUUGUUCAUGGAAAUUCUGAUAUUGGAGUUGGUAAUGGUGGAACUGUUGGAUGGUAGACUGGAUUUACAUAACUUAUUGAACAUCUAUAAAAUUAUGGUGGAUACACAAAGGCUGAUUUGUAUGUAACAACAUGGGGUAAAAUUUUAUAAUAAUAAAUUUUGUAGGUCCUGCCAAUCCAAAUAUGGCAUCAUAAAACAGUCAUAGUGAAAAAUAUGUGAUGACUACUAGACGUUUCAUUGAAGGAGUUCUUGCAUACACUAAAGCCAGCAAAGUUAUAGUCAUUGGUCAUUCUAUGGGAGUCACUUUGGCAAGAGCAGCUAUCAUUGGUGGAACUUAUUCAGAAUCCUUAUUUAGUAAAUUUACUGUUGGAGAUCCUAUAACUAAUUCUAUUGCUGCUUUCUUUGGAUUAGCUGGUGCUAAUUAUGGUUUAGUUGAUUGUACUUAUGCAACUGGAUUACCUACUUGCAGUACAUACAAUGGAUUUUCACCAUCAUCUUAAAUGUUAACUGCUUUGAAUUCUAAAACUCAUAGAGAAGGUGCUAAAGUUUAUUCUUUUUGGUCACCAAAUGAUGAUAUCAUUAAAUACAAUUGCAUUGUCAAUCAAAAAAAUACUUGCAUUGUACCUGGAAGUGAUGAAUCAGUAAUUCUAUAAUUUAUAAUAUUAGUAUUAAUAAAGUGGAUACACACAUUUUGAUGUAAGAGAUAAGUUUGCAGCUGACAUACUUCGUCUCAUCUAGAAAUUAUGAUUAUUUUAUAUAUUAAUUAAAUAUAAGACUC